AUGACAAUUACAAGUAUAAUUGAAAAUGAUGAUAAUAGUGAUAAUGAUGAUGAUGUUACAAGUUAUACAUCAUCGAAUAAUUCAUCGGAAACAAAAUUAAUCAAAUCAUCACAACAUAGAACAAAAUCUCGUAGACCAAUUAGCGCUGGUACACGAAGAGGUAUCAAUGAUGAUAAAAGUAAUAGAUCAAAACAAUCAGUAAUGAAUAAUAACAAUCAAAUAUCAUCAUUAAUGAAUAGAAGACAAUAUAUUGUUAAGCCAAUAGUUGGCACAAAUAACAUUAGGAAUUAUUAUCAAAAUGAUUAUUAUCUAUAUUCGGAUAGUUAUGAAAAUGAUCAUAAUGGUACAAUAAAUGAUACAGUAAUGGGUAAAAAACGUCUUAUCACUACAUUACAACAUGCUAAUGAAACAGAUAAUUAUGUACCAAAAGCUCAAGAAGAUAGUUUUCUAGAUAGAUCAUUUUCUAUUAUAAAUGAAAAGAAUCAGUUGAAUAAUUCAAAUGGGUUGAUUUCAUCAGAUCAAGAAAACGGUAAGAGGAUGUUGAUGAUGUUGAUGAUGAUGAUGAUGAUGAUGAUGUAA